UUACACUCUCAAUUCCACAAUCCUCUGAAGAUCAUAUCGUUUCCCCAGCUGCCAUGGAGAAUAACUACUCCCACAAUAAUCUGCCCACAGUGAUGGUCACCAACGACGACGGAGUGGACGCUCCUGGGUUGAGAGCUCUGGUUAACGUCCUCGUCUCCACUAAUCGCUUCAACGUCCUUGUUUGCGCUCCCGACUCCGAAAAAUCCGCGGUUAGUCACAGCAUUACCUGGCGUCACGCAAUUCGGGCCAAAAGAGUUCACGACAUUCCCGGAGCUACUGCCUUUGCAGUUGCCGGAACUCCAGCAGAUUGUGCCUCCCUCGGCAUCUCAAAAGCUCUGUUUUCUUCAGUCCCUGAUUUGGUGAUAAGCGGUAUUAAUAUGGGCAGCAACUGUGGCUAUCACAUUGUAUACUCCGGAACAGUUGCUGGUGCCCGAGAGGCUUUCGUCAAUGGCGUCCCCUCUGUCUCUCUAUCCUAUGACUGGGUUCAUGGAAAGAGCAAUCUUAAUGACUUCACAUUAGCUGCUCAGGCUUUCGUACCCAUCAUUUCUGCUAUAUUGGGUGAUAUCAAGAAUCAAACUUAUCCCCUCAAUUGUUUUCUCAAUAUUACUGUGCCAACCGAUGUUGUGAACCACAAGGGUUAUCGCCUCACUAAGCAAGGCAAAAGUUUCAUCAGAACCGGAUGGAAGCAAGUUACUAGUGAGGCAGAUGGAGGGAAAAUGUUAUCAACUAUGACUAUGGACAUGACUCCUACACAAACUGCACAACAGAGUGUUGUUAGCACUCAGGAGGAACAGUUUCUAUUCACUAGAGAAGUGAGAUCAAAACAAGUAGAUAAAGAUGGAACAGAUUAUUCUUCUCUUCAAGAAGGAUAUAUAACCAUCACUCUCAUCAGUGCUUUGUUCAAUGCCGACAUAGAUGGUGUAACAUUCUUCAACAAAUGGUUGUCCUCUUUGGACGAACACUCAAAUUUUGCUUGUAAACUUCAAGCUUCUCUACAAAAAGAAGGGGAGACACGUCAUUUGGAUUCCAGUACUCCUUCAGGAUUGUUGUGCUAGUUCCACAAUAGUCACAAACUCAUGUAUUUGAUUAGGCUGGCGGGAAAACCAUUCAAUUCUUUAAUAUAUACUUUGAUAUCAACGGAUUCAUGCAUUUAAUUUGUUGAAACACGUUAAUAUGUUAGCUUAGCUUCUAGUUGUAUUGUUCUUGGUGAUGCUUAAAUUUGGAGCAUGUUGUAAUUUCAUUUUGUUGAAAAGAUGUAAUUAUAUUUUGUGGUAAAAUAAUGUGAAGAGUAA